UGUGCCAUAAUGUGGUCAUCAAUGUGGGAUGCUAGCAAUGAGAAACAUGGAGAUCUCAAAGCAGGUCUCACCAUCUUCAUCGUCAUCAUGACAGCUGUUGGUUUCUGGUUCCUCCAGACUUGGAAUAAGCACUCGAGGAACCCGAAACAAGGUUCAUUGCUGCCUGGCCCUCGUGGUGUUCCACUACUCGGUUACCUUCCAUUUUUCGGUACCAACCAUCACCAUCUGUUGACAGACUUGUCAAGGGUUUAUGGCCCAAUUUACAGGAUCCAGCUUGGUACCAAACUAGGCAUUGUGGUCAGCUCACCAUCGUUAGUGAAAGAAGUGGUUCGUGACAAAGACACAAUAUUUUUCAACCGCGACCUUACAGUGGCACAACGAAUUCUCUCAAAUGGAGGAUCCGAUAUAAUCUUUGGGACUGACGUUCCAAAGUGGAGGAAGAUGCGCAAGAUGCUCGUGAGUCAAAUGCUAUGUAAAACCAACCUUGAUGAUUGUUAUGCUCUGAGAAAACAAGAGGUUGUGAAGUCAAUUAGGCAUGUUUAUAAUGAAAAAAUUGGGACCCCAAUUGAUUUUGGGCAAUUUGCAAUGUCCACAACCUUCAACACAUUCUUGCGCAUGUUAUGGGGUGGGACUCUACAAGAAGAGAAGGCAUUUGAUGUUGGAUCUGAGUUUAGAAAGGUAGCGGCGGAAACCCUCUGGUUACUUCAGAGAGGAAACGUCUCGGACUUUUUCCCUGUGCUUGCUAGGUUUGAUAUACAGGGAAUUAGGAGCCGAGCAAAGAAGCUUUUGUCAGUAACUGAAAACAUGCUCGAUUCGAUCAUAGAAACUCAGAUGAAUAAGGAUCAAAAUGAGGGAGUACCAAAAAAAGAUGAAGGGAAGGGCUUUCUGCAGCUCCUCUUGGAAAAUACUAUAAAUCAAGAUAGUGCAACAUCACUUACAAUGAAACAAGUGAAGGCCUUGCUCUCGGACAUUGUGGUGGGAGGAAACGACACCACAUCAAGAAUAAUGGAAUGGGCAAUGUCUGAGCUGAUGCAACAUCCGAAUGAAAUGAGAAAAGUCCAAGAAGAACUAACAGAAAUUGUGGGGAUAAACAACUUAGUUGAAGAGUUUCAUUUGCCAAAAUUACAUUAUUUAGAUGCAGUGAUCAAGGAGACAUUUCGUUUGCACCCUGUAGUACCACUUCUAGCGCCUCGGUGUUCAAGCCAAUCCACCACCAUUGGUGGCUAUUACAUACCUAAAGGUUCCAUUGUUUUUCUCAAUGCUUGGGCCAUACACAGAGAUUCAAGUGUCUGGGACGAUCCCUUGGAAUUUAGACCCCCAAGGUUCCUAAACACUGAUACAAGCAACAGCUUUGGGUACCAGGGUAAUAAGUUUCACUAUCUUCCAUUUGGUUCGGGGAGAAGAAUAUGUCCUGGGAUUCCCUUAGCAGAUAGGAUGCUACUCUAUGUGUUAGCUUCAUUUUUGCAUUCGUUUGAGUGGACAUUGCCUAAUGACGCAACGGUUGACCUUUCAGACAAAUUUGGGAUUGUGACAAAGAAAAAGGCUCCACUUAUUGUUGUACCAACACCCAGGUUAUCCAAUUUGGAGCUCUAUGCUUAAAAUCAAUUUCCUUAAUGCCAAUGUUAAUCAUGCAUGCAGGUGAUGCAACAAGCACUUGGCUAUAGCUGUUUCUGGUCCAACUGUUCCCUAAUUCUUAAUUGUUGUGUGCUUUGAUAUAUAGUGUAAAAAUAAAUGGAGAACGCAUG